AUGACGUCAGCAGGCGGCGCCGGGGCCAUGGCGGCCGCGCCGGGCCCGCGGGCCGGGGCUGAGGCUGAGGCUGAGGCUGAGGGGCGGCGGCGGCUCCUGCGCUCCGUGACCCGGCUGCAGGCCUGUGCCAGGGGGUUCCUGCUGCGGAGGCGGCUGCGGAGCGUGCGGGAGGAGUUCGAGGCCGUGGUGCUGGAGAUCGAGGGCGACCUGAGGCAGCUGCGCUGGAGCGGCCGCGUUCUGCAGCGGCCGCGCUUCGGCCCCGAGGACGCUCCCGGCCCUGUCCCCGCAGGAUUUGGCGCUCCAGGUGCAGCCCGGCCUGCCCAGCCCUCUCCAGGGAAACCCUCGGAGCCAGGGGAGGCUGCAGAGAACAAAAAAAGAAAAAACCAGGAAAAGCCAAAUCCUGGUGGAGCAGAGCGGGGUGGGAGCUGUGGGAACAUCCCCCCUCCAAACCCCAAAAACGCCAAACCCCACCCAAAGCCCCCAGAUUUGGGGUGUGGUGCUGCAGAGACCAAAACCAUUCCCAGAAAAACCCGGGAGAAGCUGAAUCCUGGUGGAGCAGAGCGGGGUGGGAACAUCCCCCCCUCAGCCCCCCUGCCCCGGGGCACAACCCCAGACCCCAAAAACCCCAAAACCACCCCAAAGCCCCCAGAUUUGGGGUGUGGUGCUGCUGAAAGCCCCGAGGAGGAAGAGGAGGGAGCCCUGGAGUGGGACAGUGACAGCAGCGAGCUGGGAGCCAGCCCAGGAAUCCCAGAGGAGCUGCAGGGGCUGCCCCGCUGGGAGCUGCAGGCCCUCAGGACUCAGCUCCUGCUGGAGCUGCUGUGGGUCCAACAGGCCAUUGCCAGCAGGAAACACUUCCUGCUGCUGAAGCAGAAGCUGGGGGUUCCUGCCCAUCCCAGCAGCAUUCCCGAGUUCCUGGCCUGCUGUGGAGAAGCCCUGGAGCUGCAGCAGCAGCAGCAGCAGCAGCAGCUCUGAUGGCACAGGGACAGCUGGGGAUGUCUCACUCCAGAGGAAUGGAACAAAAUCCUGCUGGGGACGUGGGGUGUGAGCAGGACUGAGCAGCUGGGGAUGUCUCACUCCAGAGAAUUGGAACAAAAUCCUUCAGGGGACGUGGGGUGUGAGCAGGACUGAGCAGCAGCGGCCGUGGGGAGCGUCCUGGAGGGAUCCAUCCCAUCCCAGCCAUGCCAGGAGAUCCCUGCAGUGGCUGAGCUGGAGGAUGCAGGUGGGACACGAGGAUUGGCACUCCCAGCAGGUGCUGGGGAGGAGCUGCAGCUGCAGGAAGGAGCUUUUCCCACAGAACUGUGGGGAUUCCGUGGGGGAAUCCGGGUUUGGGGUGGCUCUGCACUAUCCUGGGUGUCCCAGGGGAUUUUUGGGAGUGGGGAGGGAGAGCCAGCCCCUGAUCCUUGGGAUGAGGCUCAUUCCUGCCUGGGAAUUCUCUCCUGGGCAGAGGCAGGAAAGCACCUGGUGCUUUGGCAAUUCCUUCAGCUCAGGGACAUCCCAGAUCCAUCAGAAAGGGACAUAGAGGGGACAUCCCAGGUCCAUCAGAAAGGGACAUCCAGGGACAUCCCAGAUCCAUCAGAAAGGGACAUCCAGGGACAUCCCAGGGGACAUCCCAGAUCCAUCAGAAAGGGACAUCCCAGGUCCCUCAGAAGGGGACAUCCAGGGACAUCCCUGAUCCUUCAUAAAGGGACAUCCAGGGACCAUCCCAGGUCCCUCAGGGACUUUCCCCAUGGUGCUGUGCUCCCCUGCCCCGACCCCACUGCAGAUGUGGAUCCUUCUGCUCUGGAAUUCUGAAAUUCUUUUUAUUUUUUGGGAAUAAAAAAAAAAUCUUUUCCUGAUGCUGAA